AUGGAAGAACAAGUGUUCAAGGGGGAUCCGGACACCCCUCAUUCCAUCUCCUUCUCGGGAAGCGGCUUCCUCUCCUUCUACCAGGCUGGGGCCGUGGACGCCCUGCGGGACCUGGCCCCCAGGAUGCUGGAAACCACCCACCGCUUCGCUGGGACAUCAGCAGGUGCCGUGAUUGCAGCCCUGGUCACCUGCGGGAUUGAGAUGAGCGAGUACCUCAGAUUCCUUAAUGUGGGUGUGGCUGAAGUGAAGAAAUACUUCCUGGGGCCCCUGGCCCCCUCCUGCAAGAUGGUGCAGAUGAUGAGGCAGUUUCUGUACUAUGCCCUGCCUGAGGACUCCUACAAGGCUGCCACCGGGAAGCUCCAUGUGGCCCUCACCCGGCUCACAGAUGGAGAGAGUGUUGUGGUCUCAGAGUACAGGUCCAAAGAAGAGCUCAUCGAGGCCCUCUACUGCAGCUGCUUUGUCCCUGUGUACUGUGGUCUCAUCCCCCCGACUUACCGUGGUGUGCGGUACAUCGAUGGAGGCUUCACGGGCAUGCAGCCCUGCUCCUUCUGGACUGACGCCAUCACCAUCUCCACCUUCAGUGGGCAGCAGGACAUCUGCCCCCGGGACUGCCCCGCCAUCUUCAAUGACUUCCGCAUGUUCAACUACUCCUUCCAGUUCUCCCUGGAGAACAUCACCAGGAUGACCCAUGCCCUGUUCCCCCCAGACCUGAUGGUCCUGCACAAUUACUACUACCGGGGGUACGAAGAUGCCGUUUCCUACUUGAGGAGGCUCAAUGCCGCUUACCUUAAUUCUCCCUCCAAGAGGGUGAUUUUCCCCCGAGUGGAAGUGUACUGCCAGAUAGAACUCGCCCUUGGCAAUGACUGUCCCGAACGCAGUAAACCGAGCUGCCAAUCCGAGCAGGCCAGUCCAGAAGAACCCAUACAACUUCACACUCAACAGGCUCCCAAAGGGGAAGGAAGCGGUGGCCACAGUCCACCUGUGUCCCCACCUGAGCAGACACCUGAAUCCACACAUGAGUGGCCUGUGGAGUCGCCUGUGUCACCACCCGUCUCUUCAUUUGAGCAGUCACCUGCACCACCACUGGCCUCCUCAUCCUCACAUUCUCCAGCUGACUCGCUCCCUGUGUUGCUUCCAGCUGUGCCCUCACCACCCAGCUCAGUACCGGGUCUACCACCCGUGUCGCCACAGCGGCAGGCACGACCCACCUGGUCACCGCCCAGAUCCCCACCCUCCCAGUCGUCUACGUCACUCAGGCCACGUGUGGGGCCUUCAGGGAUGGGGACACCUCAAACGUUGCCUCCAUGUUCUUCCGCAUCACCUGCACAGCCACCUGUGGAGGACCUGGGCUCAGAACAGCCCCAAGGUAUGGACCCCCUGGCUUCUGCAUGUCCCCAGAGUGCGGGGCCCCUGGCCAGUGUGAAGGAAUCCACCAGCAAGCCGGAUGCCUCGGCGAGCCCUGCUGCGGGCCCCCGCUGGACCUGGGAGGUAUUCAAGAGGAACAGACCAAAGGCCAGUGGCCCCGUGAAAGGCUUCCCAAGACAACCAUGAUCCAAAAAACCAGGCAGCAAAGUGCAGUGA